CUUAAAGAUAUAUUAAUAAUAGGAAGUGGGGAUAUUCGUCUCUGCAAUAGGACAACACACGCAUGACCUUUGAUAUUAUUUUCUUUAUAAACAAAGCGUCUAUUGUCAUAGCUAAUGGACUAAAAACAAUACCAGUUGUUUGUUGAUGUUUCCCAGGAAUUCCGUUGCAAAACAAUUCCUUCUCGUUUUUUGGUACAUCUUGAAAUGCGCAUGACCAACGAAAUACCACCACAAAACAACGGGGCAACGAAACAACAUUAACGUGCUGUUGCCAUCUUCAGGUCGUUGGAAAGCAGGAAAAAAAAAGAGUUGUGAUAAAUAUCAACAAAAAUGGGUGAUAGCAAUGAACAAAAGGCUUUGCAAUUAAUGCAAGAUGCUGAAAAGAAAUUGAGUCAGCAAAAAGGAUUUUUCGGCAACAUAUUCGGAGGCUCGAAUAAGGUCGAAGAGGCCAUAGAAUGUUAUCAGAGGGCUGGUAAUAUGUUUAAAAUGUCCAAGAACUGGACCAAGGCUGGUGAGUGCUUCUGUGAGGCAGCUGGUUUGCAUGCCCGGGCCGGCAGUCGCCAUGAUGCUGGCUCCAACUUUGUGGAUGCCUCAAAUUGUUACAAGAAAAUCGAUGUUGAGAUGGCCGCUCAGUGUCUAUUGAAGUCUAUAGAUAUCUACACUGACAUGGGCCGUUUUACCACAGCUGCAAAACAUCAUCAGAGUAUUGCGGAAAUGUACGAAAGUGAUCCCAACACAUUGUUGAAGGCCAUCGAACACUAUGAGCGUGCGGCCGAUUAUUUCAAGGGCGAAGAGUCAAAUAGUUCGGCCAAUAAAUGCCUGCUUAAGGUGGCCCAAUAUGCGGCCCAAUUGGAAGACUACCAGAAGGCUAUAGCCAUAUAUGAGCAAGUCGGUGCUUCGGCGUUGGAAUCAUCUCUACUCAAACACAGCGCCAAGGAAUAUUUCUUCCGAGCAGCUCUUUGUCAACUCAGUGUGGAUGUGCUAAACUGUCAACAUGCCAUAGAAAAAUAUACCCAAUUAUAUCCAGCAUUCCAAGACUCCAGGGAGUUCAAAUUGAUCAAGUCUCUGUGUGAACAUUUGGAGGAGCAAGAUAUUGAUGCCUUCACCGAGACAGUGAAAAACUACGACAGUAUUUCGCGACUCGAUCAGUGGUAUACCACAAUAUUGUUGCGAAUUAAGAAGGCCAACGACGAUAAUCCUGAUCUCUGUUAAGUAGCCUACUUUCUGCAUACCCAACACACUAACAUACUACAUACAUACAUGCAUACAUAUAUUGUUAAUUAAAGCUAAACCUUAAGGUUUGGUAGUUGGCAAACUACCAAAACCAAAGAAAAUUAUAAUAUAUUCUCCUCCUCCCUCCUCUGCCCCCCUGAAAAAUAACAACAAAACAAAACGAACCCCUUUUAAACACAUUUCUCCACAAGAAACUAGUAUAAAUGAGAACUAAAUUAGAAGAAGAAAAACCCAGAUCUAUUAAAUUAUGAGAAAAAAAAAGAAAUUUGUUUUUUGUCCUUUUUAAAUAUAAAUAACUGAAUAUUCCAUAUUAUAUAAAUAUAACAUUAAAUUAAUUAAAUAAACGCAAUUAUUACUAAUUAUAUACAAGAAAAAAAUCCAUGCAUAUUAUUAUACUAUUUAAAUUAAUUACUAACAACAAAUCACAUAUAUAAAUGAAAAAAAAAACAAAAACAAAAAGAACUAUUAUAUAUGUGUUAAUUCUAUGUAAUAAUGAUUAAAACAGAAACUUAAGAGAAUCCAAAGAAGAAUGUGAGAUUAAUAAAAUAAAAAGAUUUCCGCCAUAUAUUUAGACACAUUCCUUAAAAGUACUAGUACUACUUACCGAAAUAUUAUUGGUCAACCAGAAUGACAUCCAAUAUGACGAAAAUUCUGACGAAUCGCAAUAUAAAAAGGUAUUUAAAUAAAGAAUGCUUUAGUCGCCACCAAAAUGUA